CCACAUUAACCAUUUGUUGUUGGCAUAAAAAUUAUUAACAUUCUUUCUAUACGUAUUUUUAUUUUUGUUAAUGUUUUGCUUUAGUUUUAUCGGAAAACAACAAUACGCAAGCACACAAAUCUUAAAGAAAAAAAAAUAAGGCAAAACCAACAACAACAUCAACGCCCCACCACACCGCAGCCGCAACGACAGACAAGAAAAUAAGUUAACAAACAUAAUAAAAAUAAUAAAUUUUAACGCAAACAACUGAUAAACGACAAAGAAGUAAAGAAAAACAGCAACAAGAACAAUGGUAGGGCUGUUUAGAAGAUUAUAAAAACGGGAAACACAUUCUACAAGCAAACAAAAACAAAAGCCGGAGUUGCGGAAGAAAGCCACUGAGCACUGAGCGUUGGGUCAUCGGAGACAAGCGUAGUCUUAUUUUUGGUUUUUUUGUUGUUGCUUUUUUCAAAAGAACGCAGAACGGGAAGUUCAAAAAUAGACCCAGUUUGGUUUGUCAUUCGGAUCUGUGAGGCGGGGGCUAAAAGUAUAACAGAUAAGCAAAUUCCCUACAGCAAGACCAGCUAUGUGUGAAUGGCGUUGCAAUGCCUUGGUGAAGGAUGCCACCAAAUAUCAACCGGACACUUUGGACCUGAAUACGGAUGAGGAGGCUGCCCAGUAUUGGUUUCCCUGUUUCCAGGAUAUGAUUAUGAAAUUUGCCCGCCAAGCUGAGAAAUCGCAAAAAGCCACCGAUGACAGUGCCGCCGAUAGAGCGGAACAAUUUCGUGAAGCUUAUCUAAGGAAACUGCAAGAGUAUCGCCAGAAAACCAAAGAAAAUGCUGAGAAUCUUAAAGUUCUGGGUAUACGCGAGCUAUUGGAACUAAAUGAUAAGCACCUACGUUUGUAUGGAUUCCCUGACCCUUGGUUGGAGCAAAAGAAAACUGAAAAUGAAGCAGCCUUGAAAUUAUUAGCUGAACGCUUGCAAGAAAUCGACGAUAUAGCUGAGCACAGGGAGAGAUGGACAGAGUUGGUGAAAGGUGUGUUGGCAGGAAAUAUGUUCGAUUGGGGCGCUCAGGCUGCGGCCAAUAUCAUGCAGAAUGAUAAUUCAUUUGGGUUGCAUGCAGCCUUGGAACGCAUACAGAAAAGGCCUUGGCUAAUGGAUGAUCUGGAUAGACUAUUGGCCAGAUUUGAAAAUGGCCAAGAGGCCCACAAAUGCGCUGCCAUAUUCGUAGACAAUAGCGGUGUAGAUAUAGUGCUGGGCAUAUUGCCUUUUGCCAGAGAAUUGCUGAGAAGAGGCACCAAAGUUAUACUCUGCGCCAACACAGAGCCCUCGCUCAAUGAUGUCACCCGAGAUGAGCUGUGUAGCAUACUAGAAGCCUGCAGUUGUCAUUGUGCCAUUAUGAAACAGGCUCGUUUGGAUAAGAAACUGCUGGUGCAAGGCAACGGCCAGCGUGGACCCUGUCUGGAUAUGCGCACUUUGCCCCAGGCCCUUUGUGAUUCCUUGAAAGAGACUGACCUGCUCGUUAUCGAGGGCAUGGGUAGAGCACUGCACACCAAUCUGUAUGCGGACUUUACCUGUGAUACUCUUAAAUUGGCUGUUGUUAAAAAUAAAUGGUUGGCCCAGCGCUUGGGCGGUGAUACGUUCUCUGUUAUCUGUAAAUAUGAGCCGUUGAGCUGAGUGGAACUGCCGCCAGCUGGUGGAACUAUAAGAUUGUUGACUUUUCAUUUGCGGUUGGUGCCAUUAUUGCUUAAAAACCACAUCAUAUGCUUCAUUAUUAUCAUGAAGCCAAAUGAGGUUUACCUUUUCUUUCCUUGUUUUCUACUGCGGGCUUAGAGUGUUUGGUUUUUUUAUUUGCAAAUGUUAUAAUUUUUUUUUGGCUUUCAUUUAUAAAGUACACAUUGCGUUUUAUACCCCUCUGCAUUUGUCAUACAAAUAAUUUGUUUUGUUAACUUGUGUUUAAUUUAAUGCCCGCCCUCUUUCUACGUCAGAUUUUAGUUAUUGGCUUAAGUUUUUUUUUGUAUUUUUGCGUCAAGUUUUCGAUUCGAUCGGUGAUUAAUUUCGAACGAAAAAAAAACGAUAUUAUUUAUGGACUUACAUUUAUGAGUAUGAGUUCCGACUAUAAUUGUGAAGAAAAAAUAUUCUGUUUUUUAAUAUAAUGCAAUAAAACAAGAUAACUACGUCUUAAA